CCGAGGAGUCCACGUGACGCCCUCUCGCCCCCGCGUCAGCUGACCUCUCAGCCGAAGCUGUGGCAGCAGCGUCGGCGGCGCGAUGGACUUCUUAUUGGGCAACCCUUUCAGCAGUCCUGUCGGGCAGCGCAUCGAGAAAGCUACCAAUGGCGCCCUGCAGAAUGAAGACUGGGCUCUCAACAUGGAGAUCUGUGACAUAAUUAAUGAAACAGAAGAAGGGCCAAAAGAUGCCUUCCGAGCCAUAAAGAAAAGGAUUGCAGGGAACAAGAACUUCCAUGAGGUGAUGCUGGCGUUAACAGUUCUUGAAACAUGUGUCAAAAACUGUGGCCACCGCUUCCAUGUUCUGGUUGCUACCCAGGAUUUUGUAGAAGGUGUGCUAGUGCGAAUUAUUCUCCCCAAGAACAAUCCUCCCGCCAUUGUGCAUGACAAGGUGCUGACUCUUAUACAGUCUUGGGCUGAUGCCUUCCGUAGUACACCAGACCUGACAGGGGUUGUAGCUGUUUAUGAGGACCUGAGAAGAAAAGGUCUUGAGUUUCCCAUGACUGAUCUGGAUAUGCUGUCCCCCAUCCAUACACCACAGAGGACUGUCUAUACCCCAGAAUCCUCAUCAGACAUGAAUUCACCAGCAGCAGAUUCCCCUCAAGUAAUAGAGUCCAUCCUGCAUCCUGUGUCCCUUCCAGGAACUCCAGGAGUUGCCCCUGAUGCCCCCAUCACACCUACACCAGAUCAGAUUGGGAAACUACGCAGUGAGCUAGAAGUAGUGAAUGGAAAUGUGAAAGUGAUGUCUGAAAUGCUAACUGAGCUCGUGCCAGGAAAAGCUGAAACCUCUGAUUUUGAGCUGCUCCAGGAACUGAACCGGACGUGUAAAGCGAUGCAGCAGCGUGUGUUGGAACUGAUUCCCCGCAUCCUCAAUGAACAGCUAACAGAGGAGCUGCUCAUUGUCAAUGACAAUCUCAACAACAUUUUCAUACGUCAUGAACGGUUCGAACGACUUCAUACCGGACAGUCUGCUAAACAGGAAAACACUGCAGAAAAUGCCAGCAAUUUAAUUGACAUGGGACCUAGUGCUACACCAGCAGAAAAAGAGCCAGAAGCCACCAACACACUCUCAUCUCAGCUUGCAGGAAUGAAUCUGGGUUCAGGUAGUGUCAGUGCUGGUCUGCAGACACUUAACAAUGCUGGCAAAUUAGAGGAAGAGUUUGACAUGUUUGCACUAACCCGUGGCAGCUCUUUAGCUGAGCAGCGCAAAGAAGUAAAGUAUGAAGACCCUCUAGCCACAAAAGGACUAGCUGGAGCCUUGGAUGCCAGGCAGCAGAAUACAGGAGCGCUGGAGCCAGGUGCAUCCACCGAUGAAGCCCCCAUUUCAAACUGGAUGAUGCGCCAAGGAAUGAUUCCUGUCCCCCAAGCUACACAUAUGGAGGAUAUUGAGCAGUGGCUCUCCACUGAUGUGGGAGAUGAGGCAGUGGAUCCAAAGGGUGUUACCAGUGAAGAGUUUGACAAGUUCCUGGAAGAGCGAGCAAAAGUGGCUGACCGGCUACCCACAGUUCCCAGUCCCUCCACUGGGGUUCCUCCACCUUCCACCAGUUCUGGGCCUCACCGGAAGAAGGACAAGGAAGAAGAUGCCAUGUUUGCUUUAUGAGCCCUAUUGAGGACUGGUGUGCUGUGGUUACAAGAGGACCUGUGUGCUGCACUACACUCCCCCUUCUUCGGUGGGAGCGGGAGAACCAGGAGGGGAGUGGGUAGGGGAAGGGACCCUUCCCUUCUUCCUUACUUCCUGCCUCCCUUUCUAGGCUGCUUUGGGGUUAGAUUAAUCAUUACUGCAUUGGGGGGACAUGAGAGAAAUGAGUCCUGGGAAGGGGUUGCAAAGCUGCCAAAUGUGUUGCCAGAUGAGUUGAUGGAUUUGGUGUUUCUCUUGUGUGGUUUAAGCAAACUGAAUGUGUUCUCCGUUACUCCAUUUUUUCCUUUCCCAAUGAAAAGACUGUAAAAACCA